AUGUGCUAAAAGUAAUUUAUCUUAGCUAUAAUUUUAAUUAGCUCAGUUUGUGCUUUUGAAGGUAUUUCAACUGAACUUAUUCUUUAGGAAGAUAAUACUCUAGUCUUUCCUAUUUAAUAGAAAACUCAAGAUGGCAAAAUUUGCUAAUACUAUGUUACUCCAGAUAUAGAUUUUUGUUCUAAUCUGAUUACUGAAACUUAUGAAUAAGCUAUUUAAUGUGGUAGUACAGAAAAUAAUUAUAAUUCUUUUGCUGAUGGAUAUAACUACUCAGGUGACUUUGUUAUUGGAGAAAAGAUAAUUAACUUAUAGUUUACUAUCCCAAUUAAAUAAUCUAUCUUUUAUGGAAAAACUGAACUCUGCUUUGGGUAUAAGUUUGGCGGACAAAAUAAUGCCUUUACUUUCCUUGAUCACAUAGUCCCUAAGUAAUAGAUCUUCAUGACUUUACCUUAGGCUGGUUCCAAUUAAAGGAAGGGUAUUAUUGAUAUAGGUGAUGCUGAUUUAUCAAAAACUAAAAAUAAUGCUUAUCCUUUCUUUUUAAAAAGCUCUGAAUAAAAAGGAUACUACACUGCCUAUUCCAGCUAAAAUGUACAAUACGGCUAAUUCAGCUUAUCUAGCCCAAGUGAAGUUUUUAUUAAUAUCCACAGCCCUUUCUUUGAGUUUUAAGUUGAGUAAGUUUAAGACUUGAUAAAGGCUUUUGCUGCACAGGGCAUAAAAUAUGAUUAUUAACCAUACAAAUAUCACUUCAUUUCAGUCUCAUCUAUUGAAAAACUAAAAAAUCUUUAAUUCACACUAAUGACAGAUGAAUCUAAGCCGUUUACUAUCACCGUCUAACCUUCUUAAUAUACAUAAAAAUUGAGUGAAGGAAUUUAUUAAGUUUUAAUUUAAGUUCCUAUGUCCAAAGGAAUCAUGACUCUUAGUAACAGAAUAUUGCAAACUUACUAUCUAGGAGUUGACUAUCCUACUUAAUAAUUUUUAAUAGCAGAAAAGAAUACCUAACAACAAUAAUAAUAAUUCUGA